AUUUGGUUCAAUGUGAGGCGUUUCACUUCUUCGUCAUUUCAGAGGUUUGACUAUUCGGUGCGUGCUCUUUGUUGUGAACGGAUUUCUGUGAUAUGGUGCGAGUUGUGGCCAAAUGUCAAACGUCUUCCUAAUCUAAGUCUUAAAUCCUGAUGAAAGGCUCACCGCACAACUGAAGAACAUCCAGAUAAUCCUCGGGGUCGAUCGACCCUCGAGAGAGAACAACAGCAACAUGCCUCAGUGGGUCGACUAAAAAUUUGAAAUUCAAUUCGUAAACAUAUAUGUGUGUGCGUGUAUUUGUGCCUUGUGGGUUGUCAAGAAGGCCGAUCCGGAAAAGCCGGUUUUUCUCAACUUGACUCGGUCUCUCCGAGGCAUGUUUUGGUUGAUUGACCACCAAGAGUCGAACAGUUGUGUUAAACACGGUGCUUCAGCAUCAAGAGCCAUGUCAAAGAAGAUAACGUGCUACCCUGGGGAGUUAUAACCAUCGAAAAUCCAGACAGGACCACGCCAUUACCCUCGAUUGAGAUCAAUCAUCAUGGGCUGUUUGCCAGAAAACAAUUUUAGCCGCCAACAAUGGCUUGUCAUUGUUACGUUUAUCGUUGUAAACUUUUGCAACGCUAUGUGCGUUUCCAUGCAGGCCCCCUUUUAUCCCCAUGAAGCCGAAAAGAAAGGGUGUGUUCCAUCUGAAUAUGGCCUCGUUUUCGGCAUUUUCGAGCUGACCGUGUUUUUGGUGAGCCCGAUCAUUGGGGCCAACUUGAACCGUUUGGGCAUGAAGACCACGCUCAAUGUGGGGAUUGCCACUGUUGGAGUCACCUCCAUUCUCUUUGGUCUUUUGGACCGCAUCAACGACGGCAAAGUCUUCUUGGGACUCUCCUUUGCCCUGAGAAUCAUCGAGGCCUGCGGCAAUUCCGGUUUCCUAACCGGCAGUUUCAGUAUGAUCGCCAAAGAGUUUCCAGACAAAGUGGCCACCAUGUUUGCCGUCUUGGAGACCUUCUUCGGGAUCGGCAUGAUCGUUGGACCCACGGUAGGCGGGGCCCUGUAUGAGUUGGGCGGAUUCACCCUGCCCUUUGUUACCCUUGGAAGCGUGUUGGUAUGCGCCGCCAUCUUUACCUCAUUGGUGUUGCCCAAUGCUCCUCCCGCCAUUGAGGACAGCACCAACAAACCUAGCAUAGCUCAAGCACUCAAGGUGCCUUCCAUUGUUCUGGCCUCGUAUAGCGUCUCGUGUGCGGCUGCCAGUUUAGGCUUUCUUCAGGCCACCCUUGAGCCGCAUUUACGGGAAUUCGAACUCUCGCCAUUGUUGAUUGGUUGCUUGUUUGUCAUCAGUGGAGCUUGUUAUGGCGUGUCUGCACCUAUUUGGGGAAUUUUUUGUGAUCGGAAGCCACCCAAAAUUGCCUCGUUCGUUGGAGCUCUGUUCAUUGGAGGUGGGUUCGUCUUCAUGGGACCACUUCCUUUCAUUCCAAUCAAGAAGAGCAUCCCAUUGAUUGUGGGAGCACUUCUUCUACACGGAAUCGGAUUGGGGGCGCAGGUUGUGUCUGGGUUUGCGGAUGCUCAUAGACAAGCCAUUGCUGCUGGACUUCCCGACAAUGUUGACACUUAUGGUCUGAUUUCGGGACUGUGGACAUCCGUGUUUGCAUUGGGAGCGUUCAUCGGUCCGACCGUGGCUGGAAUCCUGUUCGACGCCAUUCACUUCCCAUUGGCCACCCUCUUUGUCAUCAUAGCCGAGGCCUUAGUGAUCGUUUUCAUAACCAUUUUUGUUGCCGUGGACAUGCUUAGAGCAAGGUCCGCCCGAAAUCAGGCCAUUGCGUCAACUUCUGCUGAUGAAGAGACUUCUACCCUCCUUGAUCAGGAUGGGGAGAGUGGCUACGGCUCCGUGAAUGACACUGCUCAACAAAGGCGAGAAAGGAUGAGGUCUCGGAAUACCAGGACCCGGAAAUACUCGGAAGUGCUGUCGACCAGCAUGGCAGGCAGUGUGGCCCGGUCGGUCAGCAUGGCCUAUCCACAGUUCAUGAUGCCUGGAGUGGCCAAUUCCUACAGGGCACCAGCUCCUUCCAUGAGUGCAUUCUCCCAUGGAAUUGGUGGAUCUGCAGUGGAUCGAUUUGGAGCAGACUCGGAUUCUCUUCUUCAAGUCCCAGAGAAUCGAGAGCUUUCGGACUAACUUGCGGUACAUUUUCAGAUCAUGACAAGAAUGAUAAAGACAAGUUCAAUAAAGUACUCAUAAAUAUGUCUAAAAGUGA